AUGUCGGACUCAGGCUCCACGGGACCGAAUUUCACCUUUAUAAGUGACAAAGGCACCAAGUUUCAAGCACCGAAAGGGGCACUGUCGAUAUACUCCCCAGUCUUCGAAAAGAUGGUCACAUCCCCAAGCUGGAUGGAAUUUCACGACGGGUAUGUGAGAAUCCCAGCUGUGGAAGACUCUUCUAUCCAAGGAAUGGUCGACUUUAUAUGCCAAACUGGUCUCGUGUGGUGGAGCAAGGAUGUCAAAGAUAGGGCCACUUAUGUCGUCGAACUUCUCAGCCUUGCCCAACGGUUCACGAUAAAUGGCCUAGAAGAAAACGUGCGGGCGAAGUUUCAAACGUGGGUUUACCCAGAAGACGCUGGCAGCGACGAUGGCCUGAAACGUGUGCGCGAUGCGGUCGAUGCUGUCUGUCAGAUUCGAGCUCGGGUGCAAGAUGAGCUGUGGGAGGCGAUGGUCGAGAAGUGGACCGAGGUGUUGAAUGCCGAGCAUCCCAGUGGACUUGACGAGAUUGUGAAAUCGCAUCCAGAGUUCGCUCAAGCAGUGCGGCAGGAAGCUGCUCGGAGAGGCUUUCAGAACUUGAAGUUGCCUUCGCGCUGA